UUCUCUUCAAUUCCGCCAAAUCAACCACAUCUCCACCUCCCAAGACCACCGCUUACAACAAACCUUAACUCUUAAACUCAACGAAUCUUCAUCACCACCCUGCCACAAGACUAUUAUCUGUUUUUCGCCCGUUUAUUCAAUUCCAACGCCAAACAAAACAUGACAGAAGACAGCGCUCCUAGGGUUUCCUCCGACCACUCCGCCCUCUCGACGGACGCUUGCCAAAUUAAGCAAAGGAAAAAGAGGAAGUGGGAUCAGCCUGCGGAGUCGUUAGUUAACUACCCGUUGGGCAACAUGGGAUCCCUUGUUGGGGUUCUGCCGUCGGGCGUGGCUCCAUCUGUCUCUGCUGCUGCCGCAUUUUUGACAAAUCCAAUAGGGGCUAGUGGUGUGGCCAUUCCACCUGUGGCGCUUCAGGGCCCUUCUGUGCCGAAAUUAAGUCAGCCUAAGAUUCAAGAUGAGUUAAUAAUUGCACGAGAAAUUGUUAUAAAUGAUGCCGAAUCUUCUGUUCGCUACAAACUUACUAAACGCCAAACACAGGAGGAGAUUCAGAAAUGCACUGGUGCUGUGGUAAUAACUAGGGGUAAAUAUCGUCCACCAAAUGCACCACCUGAUGGAGAAAAGCCAUUAUAUCUUCACAUAUCUUCUGGGGCUCAUUUGAAAGAGACAGCAGAAAGGAUUUUGGCGGUUGAUCGUGCAGCUGCCAUGGUUGAAGAAAUGCUGAAGCAGGGUCAGAAUGGUUUUCCCACUUUGCUAAGUAUGAGCAACGGGGUGAAGGAACUCAGCACAUGUGUGUUUUUAAGCUUUGAGCCUGAUCCAUCAUUGAACAUUGCUGCUCGUAUUCGUGGACCAAAUGACCAGUAUAUAAAUCACAUUAUGAAUGAAACAGGAGCAACUGUCUUAUUAAGAGGGCGUGGUUCGGGUAACUUUGAAGGCCUGCAUGGCGAAGAUGUGCAUCAACCACUGCAUUUAUUCUUGUCCAGUAGCAAUCCUAAAAGUCUGGAAGAUGCAAAGCGUUUGGCUGAGAAUCUUUUGGAUACAAUUAGUGUAGAGUGUGGUGCCUCCAGGGUUUCAUCAUCCAAAGUCUAUAAUGCUGUUCCACCCCCACAACAGUUAUUGUCUGGCAUUCAGAGUAAUGGGGAUGAACAAAAACUAAAUGCAACUUCUGGUUCUGGAUUGACAUCAACAGUGAGCAUUGCACCAGUUCCUGCAGUUUCUUCUGUUACCGCCCCUGGGGUUGCUACUGUCUCUUCUCAAGGCACUCCGGUACAGUCUGGAGGAAUGAUGAACCGUGCACAGCCCCAACAAAAUAUGGUUGGUUACCCCCAGCCUAUAUUAACUGGAGGAACAAGCUAUAGUGGAUAUGAAGGGAUAUAUCCUCAGGCAACACCUUUACAGCAAGUUGCCCUAGCCCUCAGACAUUCAUCUGCUCCCAUCACCUCAUCAGUCACUCCAGCAACAUCAGUCACUCCAGCAACAGCAGUCUCAAACCCAGGAACAAAAUCAAAUAUUAGUUUCACGUCUGAGAAGGAGAAACGGCCUCCACAGAAGAGAAAGUUUCAGGAGUUACCAGUUGGUUCCAAGGGCCCUGCAAAACUCUAUCAGGUAUCAGUGCAUUUUUUCCCUACUAGCUUGUUUUAA